CAAAAGCGACAAGCGAUGAGCACGACGCCACCUGUUAUGGCAAGUGAAUUGAGGACGCCUUUUCGCUUUACGAACGAACGUCUCUUAAAGUUUGUGGAGCUUUAUAGUCGUGAGCCGUGCUUAUGGAACCGUCGCCCGUAUAUAUCAGGUGCACGUAAUUCGGCGUAUAAGCGACUACAAGCAGGCAUAAAUGACAAUGCGGAGCCGAAUGAGAUCCCACUGACACUUGAGAGUAUCAAGGUAAAGAUCAAGAACUUGCGCACAAGUUAUCAUCAGGAAUUAAAAAAGAUGGCAGCUAAUUCGAAAUAUACUCCAAGGGCAAUUUGGUUUGCGCCAUUUAAUAAGUUUUUGGCACCGGUUCUCAAUGAGCAGAGAACAAAUGGCAGUAGUAUUCUAGACACUCCGGAACCUCCGCCAUUAAAGCGACUGCAAAUCAAACUGACACGCUUGAAGACUUGCAAGGCGUUCAUACCUAGAGUUAAAAUGGAGUUAGAGCCCGAUGAACAGGUUGUCAUACCAAAAUCUGUGCUUCCACUAAAUCGAGCAUCUCCUCCACCGUUAAGUCGUAUCUUACCACCACCCUCUCCGAUUCCCGAUCCAACGCAACCGUCGGAUACUAAUGCAGCUUCAACUAAUACUUCACAGAAUCUUCCUAUAUUGCCGAAUAUGAUUUUGAGCGAAGAUGAAUUUACAUUUUUCGGACUGAGUGUAGCAGCACAGUUGCGUUCCAUGCCUCUCACGAAUGCUAUGAUUAUGCAGUCCAAAAUCCAAACCAUGCUAUCGACAGAGCGAUGUCGCAUUGGUGGAAUCCCAGCUGCGAUUGAAUGAGGCUUUUUUCAUGUGAUAGUCAAGAACAUAUUUUAAGGACUGUGGUAAUUUAUACUAAGAAUUCGUUGUUGAAAAAACAAUUUUUUUUUUAUCCAUAUUCACAUACAUAUGUAUUUAAGAAGAGGCGAAAUUGAAA